CCCUGUUUGAUGACGUCGCGCUGGGCGAAGUGGAAGACGCUCUUAGCAACAAGCUAAGAAAACCGCACAUCCAUACGCGCACCAUUACGGGACGGAACUUGCAUCAAAAAGCCUCCGACGAUUUAUGAGACGACUUGUUUGAGAUUAUGAGUUAAUUUGGUCGUCUUGUCUUUUAAAAUGAAAACAAGUUAGACUUGUACUAUCCGGAAAAGAGGAAACACUAGCCUGAGCUUUAGCUGCCCGCUGGACCGUGUGCUCGGGCUGGGAUGACUCUUCUGUUCAAAUCAACAACACAAUAUUCAAAAGAGGGGAAGAGUGGAGGUGGUCGACAUCGGUUUAAUUUUUGGACUCAGUCUAAUUGUGCUUUAGGGAGACAGUUUGUGGUCACGGAAACGCAUUUGUCUCCCCUGCAACUUUGAGUCUUCAUCAACAUCGAGGACGACCGCUUCUCACCAACCAUUAUUUGGUUUCUUCUGAUGCAUUUGUGAAUUAAUGCACGUCUAGCUACAGUAUCUCUUGGUUCGCACCUUUUUGAUCAUGCUGGACACCUCUAUUACUUCUUCUCCAUGCUUGUAAUACAGGUGGUCAAACUGAUAAGCCUCAUGAAAACAGCUUAAAGGGGAUCAUGCCUGAACCCUGCAGCACUGUGAAGUCGUCUCUCUAGCCUCUCUGGACAUCUAACAAGCUUCCUCUCGGAUAUGAGACUCUGUUGACAUUUUGGGCGUCUCACUAGAAAGACAUUGCAUUGUGGUUUUGGAUGGAUCUUGCUUUAGUGAAAUUUUUUUUCAGAGGAAAAAUAAAUAUUUGAUGUUGAUUACAUGCAACUAUGAUGAUAUUGAGCAGAAAACCAGAUGGCCCCAUAACUGCAGCUCGCCACGGGGACGGUCUGUAUGAUUCCUACAUGCGCACCGAUCACAUUGUGAACCAGGAUGCUGAUGUGAAUGGACAGAGUCCCUCUGGACUGCCCCCUCUCCCCAAACACACUGGUGUCAACAAGCCUACAAUGAAGGAUCACCAAGCAAUCCGAGGAGGACAGAUGAAGGUGAAAUAUGUUUACGAGGACACCUACAACCGUAAACUCAAUGGUAUGAGCCAGCUCAAUGGCACAACCCAAGUACCAGCUAAGUCCCAACCUGCAGUCUCCAAAGAGAGAAGCGUGGACAGCAACAGUUCUGUGAAAUCCUCCGAGAGCUCAACAAAAGUCACAAAGCUGGGCAGCCCAAUGUCCCCAGAACAAGCUAUCAAGCAACACCGGCAGCAACUGACUACCUUGGAGCAACAGGAGAUCCACAGCUAUUCUGAAAUCUACUUUCUGGGACCAAAUGCCAAGAAGAGGCAGGCAGUGGCAGGGGGCACUAACAACUGUGGUUAUGACGACGACCAGGGAGGAUACAUCCACGUACCUCAUGAUCACCUUGCCUAUCGCUACGAGUUCCUCAAGGUGAUCGGCAAAGGUAGUUUUGGACAAGUGGCGAAGGUUUACGACCACAAGUUACAACAGCACCUUGCCUUGAAGAUGGUGCGUAACGAGAAGCGCUUCCAUCGGCAAGCUGCUGAGGAGAUCCGAAUUCUGGAGCACCUGAAGAAGCAAGACAAGACAGGCAGCAUGAACGUAGUUCACAUGUUGGAGAAUUUCACCUUCCGCAACCACAUAUGCAUGACUUUUGAGCUGCUCAGCAUGAACCUGUAUGAGCUUAUCAAACGCAACAAGUUCCAAGGUUUCAGUCUCCCGCUGGUACGCAAGUUUGCACACUCUAUUCUCCAAUGCCUGGAGGCUCUCCAUCGCCAUAAGAUCAUCCACUGUGACCUGAAACCAGAGAAUAUAUUGCUGAAGCAGCAGGGCAGGAGUGGGAUCAAGGUCAUUGACUUUGGCUCCAGCUGUUUCGAUCACCAGCGUGUCUACACGUACAUCCAAUCCCGCUUCUACCGUGCUCCUGAAGUCAUCUUGGGAUCACGAUAUGGUAUGCCUAUAGACAUGUGGAGCUUUGGUUGCAUUCUGGCAGAGCUGCUUACAGGAUACCCUUUGUUUCCUGGUGAAGAUGAAGGUGACCAGCUGGCCUGUAUGAUGGAACUACUGGGUAUGCCACCUCAGAAACUGCUGGAACAAGCCAAGCGUGCCAAGAACUUCAUCAACUCCAAAGGCCACCCACGCUACUGCACGGUCAGCACACUUAGCAACGGCACCGUAGUCCUCAAUGGGAGCCGUUCUCGCCGAGGAAAAUUGCGAGGACCCCCAGGAAGCAAGGAGUGGGGGACGGCUCUCAAAGGCUGUGAGGACCCCGCGUUCAUUGACUUUCUGAAGAAGUGUUUGGAUUGGGACCCUAGUACUCGAAUUACACCAGUUCAGGCUUUAAGGCACCCCUGGCUCUACAAGAGACUGCCCAAGCCUGCACCUGGUGGUGAGAAAUCCAUGGUGCCCAAACGGAUCACAGAGCACAGCACCUCUUUCCCUACUAUAAUCUCCAAGGUACCCCCAGUCAUGGGCUCAACCAACAACAAACUGCGGACCACCAUGAUGGGUGACUCCACUGGAAGUAUACCCUUUCGCACAGUGCUGCCGAAGCUUGUUUCAUAGAGAUUCCUUAGCUUUUCAGGGAUAAAGACAUAUUUGUAGCAGUUUUAGAAGUGGAUUUUUUUUUUUUUUUUUUUUUUUUUCUGAUUUGUUUUUUCUAAAUGAGUGUCAAAGCUCACUGUUUCGAUUUUUAAUGAAGUGUAGCAAGCAAAAAAUAUUUUAUACAACUAUACUGUGUUUUUAUCAAAUGGCCUUCAGAGUGUGAAAUUCAAAGUUGACAUCAGGGCUGUUUUUUUACACCUCGGUCUUGAAUCCAGUGCUGUUGAUUGAGGUGGGUGAAAUUUUGAUGCUGUUGCUUGCUCCUCAUCCUGUCUUUUCUGAAGUUUACACUACUUCUGCUCAGACAAAUGUACAACUUUUGCAUCUCUAAGGGCUGUUUUGUGUGUAUGUGUGAAUCUUAGUAUACUUUUUAAGGGCUUAGAGUGAAUUUGCAGUUUUAGGUCAAGCAUCUGGCUCUAAUCUAACAUCUUUAAAAUGUCAAUUUGGUGUUCUAAAGCCCAUGUUAUGUUAUCUUGAUCUAAUUUAGAUCAGCACAUUUCUAGUUUUAUUCUAUUUUAAUAGUAUCCUCCCCAGUCACUUGCAUCCCAGUGAGAGGUCAAACUCUCAGCCAUUUUUUUCCACAACUGUAUAUUUUUUGAGAAGCUGUUGCUUUGGAUAUGUUAGCAUAGAACAAGAUGUAAGAAGGUUUGUACUUGUUUGGUAGUGGUAGAGUAAUGGAGGUCACACUGCUGUCUGAUGGCCAUGCCCAUUCCUGGGAGGUAUUGGGAAAGACUAUUUCACAGGUGUUAUAGGAGCGUGUUUUUAUCAGUGCUAUUUUAAAAGAUAUUGGUCAGGUUUCAAUCGAAGGCAACAGACAGUAUCAUGUGUUUGCCUGUAAACAGCAGAAUGUAUUUCCCUGAAGCUGAUUGUGGGGGAAGGGAAUUGCACGUUGCCAGUGUUUUCAAUAACCGUGUGCUGUUUGCACUCAGUGAUGAUGGAUACCAAACUUCCAGUGUGAGGACUUCAUAAACAUGUUCAAAUUAUGAGAUAACAAAAGGUGGAUGACAAGCACCUUUCAGCGUUAUGUUUUUUCCUUUUAACCUCACUCUUGUCCAAACAGUGCAGGGUAGUUCCCCUCCCCCAGAGCUCAGCAUCAGGACACAGUGUGGUUAAUUUCCAGUGGUUGAUUGUGUAGUCUGCAAUAUCUCUUUAUAGUGACCUAUUUUGUUCCCUUUCACUCUUAGGUUUACAGGAGAAUCCUAUACUUUAUACAGUAGAGCACGCAGCACGUUCACCCUCCUUUCACAAUGGCACUGCUCAGUGUCUGCACUUUGAGUAUUUGUCCAUGUGAACCCAAUGUUAGGACAAACAAUAUAUGCAUUUGGUUGUUUGAAAGGCUGUUGAAUGCAUGUUUAUUGACACUGCCUCACUCUUUCUAGCUGUGAAAUGAACACUGAAUGCUUAGAAGCUAAUUGUUUCAAUGUAAGACACUAAUCUGCUAAAGGACUGUGAAAAUGAACGGUGCUUAACCCAUUGGCCCUGACAGGUGUUUGUAAAGCAUCUGUUUGCUACCUGGACCAAGGUAAUGAGGAAACCAGGCAAGUAGUUGCAAAAGUCCCCUUAAUUGGAAAAACAACAUGUCUUUUCACACCUCUUUCUCAGGUUUUAACCCUCUUUUUAAUUUAUAUGAUUCCACACAUCUAGCAGGUGUAAAGAUGAUUUAGCAUUUAAUAAAGCUAGGUUUCAGGAAAAAAAACAUUAUAGCUUUAGAUGUUGGUGCUAGAAUUAAGAUUAUAAACCCCAGGCUUCUAUAGUGUCUGUCCAAUUAUAAUAAUUUUUGGGUUCAUAUGUGAUCUCCCGCAAAUUUUUGGAAUACAUCAGGGAAAAGUAUCCUUGCGAAAAUGGUUUAGUGUUGUUUUUCUACCUCUGUCUUACUUAUAAAAUCCAUCUUUUAUGCUGUAAGGAGAUCUCUGCCACACCAAUAACAGCAUCUCGCUCCACAUUUUUCUACUUCCUGUCUGUUUAUCAUGAAUUUUUCACCAAAGCACCCGUUCACAUGGCUGUCUCUCUGUGGUUCGUCUCAGUGCGUGAACCCCUUGGUUCUGGGGACUCUAGUCUUGUGCCUUUUAACUGAACACACUUGACUAAAUAAUCAAGGCUCAGCACGGGAUGACUAAUGUUUCUCUUCCAGCUUUACUAGUCAGGUUUUUGUAUUGCUUUUAUUUCACCCUUUUAUAGAGUUUUUACUCAUGUUUGAAAGAGGUAAUGGUGUAAUUUUCCUUCAGUAAACUUUGUCUGUUGGCCAUGUGGUUCAAAGCAUGAUAAUCACAGAACGCAUGAAAAUAAGUGAUAAAGUGAAAGAGGAUUAAAUGAAAAGUUUUAAAUAAUGACAAAGUGUGUGUAAGUAACCAAAUGAGCUUGUAUUAGUUUCUUUUUUCUAAAAAAGAGAAAUAAAAAAGUGAAUACUA